AUGCUGGAGGCAUAUCCGCGGUGGUCAGAAUUGGAAGCAGAAACAAACACUAAUCUGUUCACUCAGUGUGGAAUGUUGGCCAUGGGCACUGAUGAGAGUCACUACAUCAAGGAAAUCACAAAUGCCCUUCACAAAUACCAAGUGCCGUAUGAACGUCUCAACAGAGAACAACUUCAAAAGAAAUACGCUAUCAACUUGCCCCCUGAUUCCUCGGGAGUGCUGGAUCCAAGUGGCGGCGUUCUCAAGGCAGACAAAGCCGUACAAGCGUUUCAAAAACAAUUUAUGAAAUUUGGUGGAGAUAUUCACGAUGCUGAGGCAGUGACAGGAAUUGAGCCUGGAACCAUAGUUCGAAUCCACACCAAGAAGAGAACCUAUCGCACUACAAAUCUGGUUUUAUGCCUAGGAUCUUGGGCUGGCAGCUUCCUUUCGCGACACGUUAAUAUACGAUUCCCUUUCAAGCCUGUUAAAAUCACUGUGUGUUACUUUGAAGAAAAGAACGAAGGCCAGUAUUCCAUCAGCAGAUUUCCGACAUUCUCUUUUAAGAGGUCCGUUCCGUAUGACAUGUAUUACGGACUUCCUGCUGAUGAAUACCCUGGACUUGUAAAGAUUUUUCUCCACUAUGGGCCAGAAAUUGAUCCGAACCGUCGAGAUGAAAAUCCAGAUUUAUGGGCCCAAGAAACUGCAUGCAACUUUGUCAAGAAUUUCUUCCCAGAAAUCAUUCCAAAACCUGUUGUGAUAGAAACUUGUAUUUACACUAUGACCCCAGAUGAGCAUUUUGUAUUGGACCGACAUCCGAAAUGGAAAAAUAUUAUUAUUGGAGCUGGGUUCUCGGGGCAUGGAUUUAAAUUAGCUCCGGUUGUCGGUAAGAUUCUUGGCGACCUGGCGAUGAAUGUAAGAAAUUCCUAUGAUUUAACGCCCUUCAAACUCAACAGAUUCAGCCGGAAGAGCGCUCUCUGA